CCAAGAUGGAGAUCCAUCAUCUGGAUUCAGUCCAAUCUCAGGACAGAGAUCAGAUUCUCCAGUACCCAGCUGUAUCUCCAUGAAGAGUGAUAGAUCUAUGCAGCCUCCUCUACACUUUAAAAAUGAAGAUUUAUCAUCUGUACCCAGUCCAAUCUCAGGACAGAGAUCAGAUUCUCCAGUACCCAGCUGUAUCUCCAUGAAGAGUGAGAGAUCUAUGCAGCCUCCUCUACACUUUAAAGAUGAAGAUUUAUCAUCUGUACCCAGUCCAAUCUCAGUACAGAGAUCAGAUUCUCCAGUACCCAGCUGUAUCUCCAUGAAGAGUGAUAGAUCUAUGCAGCCUCCUCUACACUUUAAGGAUGAAGAUUUAUCAUCUGUACCCAGUGUCCUGCAGGAAGUGAUAGCUGCAAUACCACAGGAAAACAUUCAAAAAACAAGAUCCGACUCCACAUCUGGAGCUGAAGUCCAGAAAAAGCUCAAAUUCAAUCUGAUAAAGAAGUUUCAGUGUGUAAAUGAAGUGAUCACAAAGCAGGGAAACCCAACACUUCUGAAUGAGAUCUACACCGAGCUCUAUAUCACAGAGGGAGAAAGUGGAAAAGUAAAUAAUGAACAUGAGGUGAGGCAGAUCGAGGCAGCAUCCAGGAGGGCAGCAACAGAGGACACGCCCAUCAAAUGCAACAACAUCUUUAAACCUUUAUCAGACCAAGAUGAACCCAUCAGGACUGUCCUGACUAAGGGUGUCGCUGGCAUCGGAAAAACCGUCUCUGUACAGAAGUUCAUUCUGGAUUGGGCUGAAGGAAAAGAGAAUCAGGACGUCCACCUCAUAUUUCCACUUCCUUUCAGAGAGCUGAAUUUAAUGAAGGACCACAAACUGAGUCUGAUGGAUCUCCUUCAUUUCUAUUUUCAGGAGAUAAAAGAAACUGACAUUUCCAGCUUGUACAAAGUUCUGUUUAUUUUUGAUGGGUUGGAUGAGUGUCGUUUACCUCUAGAUCUCCAAAGCUCAGUGAGGUUGAGUGAUGUAAAUAAAUCAGCAACAGUUCAUGAGCUGCUGAUAAACCUGAUCAAAGGGAAUCUUCUUCCUUCUGCUGUGAUCUGGAUCACCUCCCGUCCAGCAGCAGCUGAUCAGAUCCCCUCUGAGUGUAUCGAUCGAGUGACGGAGGUACGAGGAUUCACUGAUCCACAGAAGGAGGAGUACUUCAGGAAGAGGGUCAGUGAUCAGAGUCUGGUCAGUAGAAUCAUCUCACACCUUAAGUCAUUAAGAAGCCUCUACAUCAUGUGUCAUAUUCCGGUCUUCUGUUGGAUUACAGCCACAGUUCUAGAGAGAAUGUUUGGUGAAGCAGAGAGGGGAGAGAUCCCCAAAACUCUGACUCAAAUGUACACCCACUUCCUCAUCAUUCAGACCAACAUCAUCAGACAAAAGUACAUGAAGAAUGAGGAGGAAGAAGGAGAAAUGAUCCUCAAACUGGGAAAACUGGCUUUUGAGCAGCUGAUGAAAGGAAACCUGAUCUUCUAUGAGGAAGAUCUGAUGGAGUGUGGCAUUGAUGUUCAGGCAGCCUCAGUGUACUCAGGUGUGUGUACACAGAUCUUCAGAGAGGAGUUUGGACUUCACCAGAGUAAAGUGUACUGCUUUGUUCAUCUGAGCGUUCAGGAACAUAUCGCAGCUCUAUAUGUGCAUCUGACCUUCAUGAACGAAAAGAAAAAUGUUUUUCAACAGAGUCUGUUUUCAAAACUGAGGAUCCUGAAGAUAAAACAAAUCUCAGUUCUACACAUGAGUGCUGUAGUUCAGGCAUUACAGAGUAAGAAUGGACAUCUGGAUCUUUUUAUUCGCUUUCUUCUGGGUCUCUCACUGAAGUCCAAUCAGAAUCUCUUACAAGCCUUAGUGACACAAACAGGAAGUGACUCUCACAACCAAGAGGAAACAGUUCAGUACAUUAAGGAGAAGAUCAGUGAGAAUCCCUCAACAGAGAAAGCCAUCAAUCUGUUCCACUGUCUGAAUGAACUGGAUGAUCAUUCACUAGUUCAGGAGAUCCAACAAUACCUGAAAUCUGGAAAACUAAAACAAACCAAACUCUCUGAUUCUCAGUGGUCAGCUCUGGUCUUCAUGUUACUGACAUCAUCAGAGGAACUGGAUGUGUUUAACCUGAGAGAUUAUACCAACAAAUACAGCUCAUCAGCUGAGGUUCUUCUGAAACUGAUGCGGGUGGUUGCAGCAUCCAGAGCAGCUUGGUUGAUUACUUGUGAUGUAUCAGAUGAAGGUUGUUCUGCUCUGGCUUCAGCUCUGAGAUCAAACCCCUCACACCUGAGAGAACUCAAUCUGUCUCAUAAUAAUCUAGGAGAUUCAGGAGUGAAGCGUCUUUCUGCUGUACUGGAGAAUCCUCACUGUAAACUGGAGAUACUGAGGUUGUAUAAUUGUGGUGUACCAGAUGAAGGUUGUUCUGCUCUGGCUUCAGCUCUGAGAUCAAACCCCUCACACCUGAGAAAACUCAAUCUGUCUGAUAAUAAUCUAGGAGAUUCAGGAGUGAAGCGUCUCUCUGCUGUACUGGAGAAUCCUCACUGUAAACUGGAGAUACUGAGGUUGUGUUAUUGUGGUGUAUCAGAUGAAGGUUGUGCUGCUCUGGCUUCAGCUCUGAGAUCAAACCCCUCACACCUGAGAGAACUUCAUCUGUCUGAUAAUAAACUAGGAGAUUCAGGAGUGAAGCGUCUCUCUGCUGUACUGGAGAAUCCUCACUGUAAACUGGAGAUACUGAGGUUGGAUAGUUGUGGUGUAUCAGAUGAAGGUUGUUCUGCUCUGGCUUCAGCUCUGAGAUCAAACCCCUCACACAUGAGAGAACUUUAUCUGUCUUAUAAUAAUCUAGGAGAUUCAGGAGUGAAGCGUCUCUCUGCUGUACUGGAGAAUCCUCACUGUAAACUGGAGAUACUGAGGUUGUAUAAUUGUGGUGUAUCAGAUGAAGGUUGUUCUGCUCUGGCUUCAGCUCUGAGAUCAAACCCCUCACACCUGAGAGAACUCAAUCUGUCUUAUAAUAAUCUAGGAGAUUCAGGAGUGAAGCGUCUCUCUGCUGUACUGAAGAAUCCUCACUGUAAACUGAAGAUACUGAGAUUGAAAUAUUGUGGUGUAUCAGAUGAAGGUUGUUCUGCUCUGGCUUCAGCUCUGAGAUCAAACCCCUCACACCUGAGAGAACUCGGUCUUUCUAGAAACAGUCUAACAGAAUUAGGAAAGAAGCUUCUCUCUGAUCUAAAGGAUGAUGAAUGUUUUAGGCUGGAGAUUCUGUGGAUUUGGUGAUAAACUCAGAAGAUACACGGAACAUCCCAGAAAUAAUCGCUGCUUUUAAUCUCCGUCUUCAUCUAUGUUGAGGAACGGAGAACAUGUCCAUCAUUCUACAAUUCAAAUGACCACAGAGGUGAUUUACAGCUGUGAUUAAAACAUCUGUACAGGAUGUGAAUGAGAAAAUGAAACUGUGCAGGAUUCAGACAUCAUGACACGAGUGAGAAACUGUAGAAAAGGUUUUAAUCACAAGAAGAAAGUGUUUAUGAUGCUGAAUAGAUUGUUAUUAUGAUCAGACUCUGGAGACACAGCGCUCGUCCUGUACAUUCAACAUCUAAUUCACUCAGAUCAGUCACAGAUUCAUCUGAUAUUAUUAAACCACAUUCUGAUUUUAAUCAUGUGUACAGUUAUAUCAAUAAAAUCAUGAUUAAUAAUGGAUUUGUAUUGAAUUCUGGUGUACAUUAAUGUGUAUAAAACAAUAAAACUUUAUGUUACGUGCCCAAGCACAU